CCAGCUCUCCCUCCCCAGCCAGCUGCACACCCACCAUGGCCCCCUCACUACUGUCCCGCGCGCUCCCCUCCACCUCCCGCGCCCUCGCGCGCGCCCCGCCACGCACGCUCAUCCACGUCCGCUUCAACAGCGACAUCGCACCAGCGGCCCCGAAGCUCUCCGACGUCGCAGCCAAGGCGCGCGUCGUCAAGACCCUCCCCGACUUCUCCAUGGCCAACAAGGUCGCGGUCGUCACCGGCGCCGCCCGCGGGCUGGGUAACGAGUUCUGCCGCGCCUUCGUCCAGUCCGGCUGCACCUCGCUCGCCAUCGUGGACCUGAAGGAGGAGGAGGCGGAGCACGCCGCGCAGGAGCUCAUCAAGGCGGCAUGCGUUGACAGUGAGAUGGUCCCCAGCGACUACCGCGUCAUCGGGGUCGGGUGCGACGUCUCGUCCGAGCUCUCCGUCCAGCAGGCGUUCCGCCGCGUCAUGGACACGUACGGGCGCGUCGACUCGGUCGUUGCGUCGGCAGGUAUCGUCGAGAACUACUCCGCAUUCGACUACCCCUUCGAUCGGAUAAAGCGUCUCUAUGACAUCAACGUGCACGGCGCGUUCUUCACUGCGCGCGAGGCGGCGCGCAACAUGAUCCCGCAGGGUGGAGGCAGCAUCACGCUCGUUGGCAGCAUGUCCGCAAACAUCGUGAACAUCCCCCAGCCGCAGACGCCAUACAACGCGGCCAAGGCUGCGGUGAAGCACAUGGCGGCGAGUCUGGCAGUCGAAUGGGCCAAGAAGGGCGUCCGCGUCAACACGCUCAGCCCGGGUUACAUGCUCACCAAGCUCACGCGGACCAUCCUCGCGCACGACCAGGAGCUCAAGAAAACAUGGGAAUCGCUGACACCGAUGGGUCGGAUGGGCGAACCUGAGGAUCUUGCCGGCGCCAUCGUGUUCCUCGCCAGCGACGCAUCGCGGUUCAUGACGGGCUCGGAAAUCCGCGUCGACGGUGGCUACUGCGUGAUCUAAACGCGCAGUGUUUCUUUUCAUGUUUUGGAUUACGAACGGACUCGCAUGCUUCCAGUGCACUUAGACAUCCUUCAUAGAUGUAACCUACGAACCGGUCUUGGCUAUUCCUCGGGGACACUGUUGCUGUUUGCUUGCUCUCACGCUCCCUCACACAAGUCUCCCGCUCCUCUCUUACCCCUCACCUCCCCUGUUUACCCUCGCUGUUCUGUACAAAACUUCCCGCGACUGCACCUAGCCCGCAAACGAUACAUAGUACCCGUAAUCUUAUUCGAAAAUGUAUACGACGGUGGUUCUCC